GGCCGUCAUCCGCGACAGGGUGCUCUCGGCCGCCGCCGACCCAGCGCCCGCGGCCCGCGGGCCGGAGGCGCCCGCUAGGGGCGCCUUCCUGGGCACGAGCCCCCGGCCGCCCGAGCCCUACGACUGUCAGGACGACGGGCUCGAGAGCUGGCAGACAGAUUGGUCCGCUGGCAAGAUGGCGUGGUGUUGCGAGGACAGAACGCGAGCUCGGCUGCGCCGAGCCCCAGCCGAGGCGGAGAGGCGGCCAGUGCCGGCGCCGCCGCCCGCCCCGCGGCCCACGGCGGCUGGGCCGAACCCAGCGCCGCCGCCCACGCCGCCGCCCUUGCCGCCGCCAGUGCCGGUGCCGCUGCCCGCCCCGUGGCCCACGGCG